AGGAAAAAUUACCACAUGGUACUUAUUUUGUAGUACCCAAGAGUAAAAAUGAACUACGGUUACAGGUACAGCCUGAAUUUAGAAGUUUCCAUUCUUCAUAGAUGGUGAACAAUUGACUUCCUGUUGGUUGUACAUCUGUCACAUGUCAGCCAACAAAAUAGUAUUGCAUUUCUGCUGAUUUUCUACUGUGGCAAUAUUCCCUCAGGACGUUGAUGUGAAAGAGGAGAACUUUGCAACUUAAUGAAGCAUGAAUAUAUGGCAGUCAAAGUUGGGGCUUCUCCUAUUUUUAUUAGUCACCCGCUCUGAUUUACAGGAAGGAUUUAUCCCUAAGAUCUGCAGUACAAAUCCUCCAUAGUCCUUGUUAUACUAAUGGAAAUUGGAGCAGUUGACCUCUAUGCAACUAAUCCAGGACCAAUUGAUGGUUCAGUUCUCUAUGAUCAGGACAAGCAUGUCUCCUCAGCAGUCUGGGACGGACAGGAGCGUGGUGCUCUCAGAUGUCAUGAGCACACAUCAAAGCUUGAUCAAUGGACACUUAAUCCUAAGCAGAUUGAAUUGGUCGAAAAGGCUGGGUUUGGUUACUUAAGAUCAAUUCCUGCUAUUAGUCUAGACAACCCCCUUAUAUCAGCACUAGUUGAAAGGUGGCGAAGAGAAACAAAUACUUUUCAUUUGAACGUUGGAGAAAUGACUGUAACCCUUAAGGAUGUUGCACUUUUACUUGGUCUGGCCAUCGAUGGGAAUCCUGUAAUAGGCAUAACAUACACCACAUGCAGCUCAGUUUGUGAGAAGUAUCUUGGCAGGGCACCAGAAUCCGGUUACACUAGUGGUGGAAUGGUGAAGCUUAGUUGGUUAAAAGAGUUCUUUUCUCGCUGUCCUGAUGAUGCUUCAAAAGAAGUGAUAGAGCAACACACUCGUGCAUAUCUUCUUUAUCUUGUAGGUAGCACUAUAUUUUCCACCACUACAGGAAAUAAAGUGCCUGUGAUGUACUUGCCAUUGUUUGAGAAUUUUGAACGAUGUGGACAAUAUGCCUGGGGUGCAGCAGCAUUAGCAUUCUUAUAUAGAGCUCUGGGAAAUGCCUCGCUGAAAACUCAAAGUACUAUUAGUGGCUGUUUGACACUUUUGCAGUGUUGGAGUUACUUUCACCUAAAUAUUGGACGACCCAAACUUAAUCAAGAUCUGAUGCAUGAUCGAUUUCCAUUUGUGCUUAGAUGGAAAGGAAAACAAAGUAGCCCAACGGCAAAUCGUGAUGUAGUUUUUUAUCGGAAGGCUUUGGAUUCCUUAAAACCAUGUGAUGUGGAGUGGCUUCCCUACAGAAACAUGGACAGUAUGAUAAUUCCAGAGCAUAUCAAAAGUACCUUAAUUAUUGGGAGGUCAAAAACAAUGUUGAUUUGCUUUGACAAGGCAGAGAGACAUCUUCCAAAUCGAUGCCUAAGGCAGUACGGCAUGCUUCAGUCAAUUCCGGAGGAUGUGGAGCGUUGGGAGAGGAAGAGUAGAGGAGUUGAUGGUGGGGUUGACUUGUCAGGGAAAAUGGAAGCUGAGCUUAAUGAAUGGAUGGACCGUCAUCUUCAUAUUGUUGAUGGGGAUGAGGGUGUAGAUGAGGGCGAGUACAUGCAGUGGUACCUGAAAAUUACUCGUAAGUUUAUAGGAAGGCCUAUCUCUCUUUCAUCUGAGUUUCAGAGAACGGAAAAAAACAAAUGUUUGCAGAACGCUGGUCUGAGGGAUAUUGCACAUAUAGCAGAUACCUUUUCAACCAAAGGAUUGGAUUCUCAACAAAUUGAAUCAAUUUCCAGGAUAAGACACAUAGCCCAUGAAUGUUUAAGAGACCAAAUUGGUGGUCCAGUCGUAAUGUCAGACAUUCCCCAAGAAGAACUUGGAAAAAGGGUAAGAGGAAAAGAGAGAGUUAGAAGAAAAGGUUCAUGUAAACGAUUAAGGAAGGAUGACGCAGUUCAGUAUAGUACAGUUAGUGAGGAUGAGCAACCUCAGUUCUUUAGUGCUACUAUAGAGGUCGAGCAAUUACAUAUAAGUCAUUUAGAUGGAGAGGUGGACCAUGCACAAUUUAAUCAAGUGGACAACGAAGUUGACCACGUCCAGUUGAUUCAUGCAAAUGCUGAUGGUGAGAAUCUGCCGCUGUGCGAUGCAAAUAUUGAGGUGGAUCAGUCAGAACUGGCCUAUGCAGGUGGUGAGGAAAGCCAUGUGGAUCCAAAUCACGAAGCUGCCAAGGUUCACUAUGAAGAACAGCAUGAGGUUGGUCAGGAAAUAAAGGAAGAACCUAACAAUACUGAGGAAACGGGUCAAGCUAACAAGGUUCUUCGUCAUGCAACUCUUGAGAUCGUCAACACGAAGCCGUCAGAUGCUACUGCAGAGGCCAGUCAUACCGUUGAUCCCAAUGACAUCAACUCCCAGCAAUGUAGCAAUAUUGUUGGUAAUUCACAACUUCCUCACAUUGACAGUGAAACUGCAGUAACUGAACAAUCGUCUGCUAAAGCGGCCAUGGAGGUGGCUCCACAUUCUUCUCUUGAAGCUCACGAGGAUCUUGCACAGAAAGGAGAUUGUAGUGUUGCUGUAUAGUGUGAAGGGUUUGCACUGUUUUAUUAGAGAAGCAAUUUUUUUAGGCAAACUUAAUUUAAAGAUGUGAUUGUUUAAUCUGUAAUUAUAUGUUCUUUUAUUUAACUUCUGUUCUUUCUAUGGCAUCCGAGUUAGCAUUUCCUCGUGUUGAUGAUGGGGAUGCAUGAAAUGCAGUUGGGUUGAUACAGGCGGCCCUCAGACCAUUCUAAGACGUGGCCAUGAAGAAAGUUAGCAAAGAGUGUUCAGGAGCUUGAAAUUAACUACUUAUCU